AUGAUACAUCUCGUCAUCAUAUCUCACCUCAACAGCAACAACCUGAGUUAUUUUAUACUUUGGCAAGCAGCCAACUUUUGUGAAACACGCAGUGGGGGAAACGAAGCAGUAAGACACGUGGACUGUUUCUUGUCCCCGAUCCAGCCUUUCAUUGUGAGCGUGGGAGGAUGGAGCAUUGACCACGAAACGAACUAUACGACCACCACUACCACAACCAAGACAUAA